ACAGUGUUGUCGCGGGCGAACUCCUUGUUCGCCUUCUUGCUGAGCGUGAUGGCGGCGCUCACCUUCGGCUGCUUCACCACCACCACCUUCAAAGACAGGAGCGUUCCGGUGCAACUGCACGUCUCUCGAAUCAUGCUAAAAAAUGUUGAAGACUUCACUGGACCUAGAGAAAGAAGUGAUCUGGGGUUCAUUACAUUUGAUAUAACUGCUGAUCUAGAAAACGUAUUUGACUGGAAUGUUAAACAGUUAUUUCUUUAUUUAUCAGCAGAAUAUUCAACAAAAAAUAAUGCUCUGAACCAAGUUGUCCUUUGGGACAAGAUUGUUCUGAGAGGUGAUAAUCCGAAGCUACCGUUGAAAGAUAUGAAAACAAAAUAUUUUUUCUUUGAUGAUGGAAAUGGUCUCAAGGGGAAUAGGAAUGUCACUUUAACCCUGUCUUGGAAUGUUGUACCAAAUGCUGGAAUUCUACCUCUUGUGAUGGGAUCAGGACAUGUAUCUAAAAAGAAUAUUUUUCUGGAGGAGAGUAUUCGAAGUGUUACAAAGUCCUAG